AUGAAGUUCACCGGAGCCACCCUUCUUGCCGCCGCCGCCGGCCUGGCCACCGCGACCACCGUCAAGUACGACCCCACCUACGACACGGCCGGCAACAGCUUGACCAGCGUCGCCUGCUCGGACGGCGCCAACGGCCUCAUCACCAAAUACCAGUGGCAGACAUUCGGCCAAGUCGCCGGGUUCCCAUACAUUGGCUCCUCAUCCGAUAUUGCCGGUACGAAAUCCCCAUCCCCAUCCCCAUCCCAUCCCAUGACGUCUCUCCCAAAAAAAACUUCUCAAGAUAAUAAAACUGACAUUUCAUGUUCGUAGGAUGGAAUUCGGCCUCUUGCGGCCAGUGCUAUGAGGUUGCCUACAACGGCAACACGAUCCACAUGCUCGCCAUCGAUCACGCCGGGGAUGGGCUUGUUAUGUCCACGACGGCCAUGAACGCCCUCACGGGUGGCAAUGCCGUGCAGUUCGGCACCGUCGAUGCCACCGUCACCAAGGUUGCUUCUUCCGCUUGCGGCCUCAACGCCAAGCGCGCUGUCGAAUUCGGUGCUUAA